GUCCGCCGCCGGCCCUGGGGCCGGUACGCGGCGGAGAUAAGGGACCUCACGACGAAGGAGCGGCACUGGCUGGGCACGUUCGACACGGCGCAGGAGGCGGCGCUGGCGUACGACAGGGCGGCGCUGUCGAUAAAGGGCACACAAGCAAGAACAAACUUCAUAUACACCACCGACCACAACACCACUUUCCACUCCCUCAUUUGGAACCCUUUCGACCAGUUCCAUAAUCCUCUCCAUCAGCCGCCGCCGCCCCCACCACAACAACAAACCAAGCCGCCGCCGCCGCCGCCGAUACCACAGCCGGUUGUCCAACCAGAGAACGACACGUGUCAUUCACAUGACAGCACGAAUUCUGGGUAUUUGCUGGACUGCAUUGUCCCUAAUAACUGCCUGAACCCUUCUUCUAGCAAGAGGGUUUCGUCAUCGGAGAAUAAUGCUAAUAAUAAUAAUAAUCCGAUGACAAUGUACGAGGAUUAUAAUCUUCAAGAACUUGGUGGUGGGGCCCACUGUGGGUUGAUGUGGGACCACCAGCAGCAGUGCUACACGUGGGGGGAGGAGGAGACGACGAUGAGUUCUAACUCAUCAUGUAACUGA